UAGCCAUUGGUUUUUGAGCGCCUCAGGUGCGUUAGUCCGGGUCUUUUCGGCUUUGCCGCGUAUCUCGAUCUCUGACGUCACCUUGAUAUAUAGACGAUCCGCUUCUGGAUCAGUUCAGAUCGAGUUUGAGUGUGUAAGUAGCCGCUACGUGGUGGCAUGGUACAGCUGCAAGUCAAAAGAAGGAUACGGGUAUGGUGCAUUUUAGCUUAUUGGAAAGCUAAACAAUGUGUGAACCAAAUUUGAAUGCGUAAUAGCGUACUUGUAAUAAAGAUAGACACAGGGGUGGUGAUGGUGACGGCCACUGGUAUGCUAUUGGGAUAGAGUGCUUUUUCAGGACCAGGGACAGGUCACCAACGUUACCAUGAAACCGUCUUUAACCAAAGACCCUAUAAAGGAACUCGUCAUGACCGGCUUAACUUCGGAGGUGAUGGACUUACGACUACUGCAGGUGCAAGACACGACCGUGGCAACUUUGACAACUUCAAGCCCGAUGGAGAAUGAGACGAGUUGCGGGGAGCACAUCCUUAACUACGGGCACAUAGAAAAGAUGGUCAUCGGCGUCGUCCUCACGUUGCUUACUUUCCUCACCAUUUGUGGGAAUUUACUGGUAGUUUUGUCGGUAUGUCUCGUCAAGAAGCUUAAACAACCGUCUAAUUACCUUAUCGUGUCUCUGGCCAUUGCGGAUCUGUCAGUUGCCUUGGCAGUUAUGCCGUUCGUCAGCAUCACCGACCUCAUUGGGGGUCAGUGGAUUUUUGGCCGUGUCUUCUGCAAUGUAUUUAUUGCAAUGGACGUGAUGUGCUGUACCGCCUCAAUCAUGACCCUUUGUGUGAUCAGUGUUGAUCGGUACAUGGGUAUAACCAGGCCCUUAACGUACCCUGUACGUCAGAAUGGGAGGUGCAUGGCCAAGACGGUGCUUUUUGUAUGGCUCCUCUCGGCGUCCAUCACUCUCCCUCCUCUGUUCGGCUGGGCGCAGAACGUCAACGAUGGCCAAGUGUGCCUCAUCAGCCAGGACCUUGGCUACACCGUCUACUCCACCGCCGUGGCUUUCUACAUCCCCAUGUCCGUCAUGCUCUUCAUGUACUACCACAUCUACCGUGCGGCCAAAGUCAGUGCCGCCAAGCACACCAUUUCCGGGUUUCCACGCGCGGCGAAGGCAAGCGAGGACGAGGACGAGGGGGGCGGCCGGACGGGGGUGGGUGCGGACUGCGCGGCGGCCGCCCUGAAGCUCCAGCGUGAGGUGGAGGAGUGCGCCAGUUUCUCGCGCCUGCUCCGCAGCGACCGCAAGACCCUGUCCAUCUUCCGGCGUGAGCAGAAAGCGGCGGCCACGCUGGGCGUGGUGGUGGGCGCCUUCAGUGUUUGCUGGCUGCCCUUCUUCCUGCUCUCCACCACCCGGCCGUUCGUCUGUGGCGUGGAGUGCAGCUGCGUGCCGCUCUGGCUGGAGCGCACGUUCCUGUGGCUCGGCUACACCAACUCACUGGUCAACCCCUUCAUCUACGCCUUCUUCAACCGCGACCUGCGCACCACCUACAACAACCUCAUCCGCUGCCGUUACCGCAACAUCAACCGCAAGCUCUCCGCCGUCAGCAUGCACGAGGCCCUCAAGCUCACAGAGAAGCCCAAAGUGGGGCUCUAGUCACCGGGCCGGGUUGGGAGGGCCAGCUGCUCGGAGGUCCAGUCUUUGAAGGACACGGAGAGUUUGGCUGGAGGCCACUGGGUUCAUUUUUUGCAAAUUUGGGGAGAGAGUCAGGUAAAAAAAAAAGGAAGAAAGAGCCAGAGUGAAAGAGUCGUAGAUCUUAUAUAAAGCGCACAGGUAGGUGGCCGUGGACCUUAAGGAGGAGUAAUCCAUCUUCCACUCAGUGCCCGGGUGCAGCUCCCCCCCCCCCCACCUCCCGAUCUAUGCUUUGGAUUGGAUUUGCCUAUCAGGAGGAAAUGAAGUGUAAAAUGUAUAGGGCAUCAGUUUAACCCCCCCCUCCCCCUUAUACUUGGAGGAACAAACUUUCCGUCCUUACCUCACACCAACUUUAGCUCCUAUAUAAGGACUCAUCUCAUAGGUGAGCUGGAAAUGGUGAUUUGUGUUGAAUUCAUGAGGUGGAAGCACGUGACUGGGCAAUACCCUGGAAGAGACUCCUGGCCUCCAGGGUGGCGUGAAGGAUGAGCAGUCCUCUCAAAGGGACCUAUUACUUCUUAAGCCUUUCCCCACUCCGGAGGCUGUCAUUGGCCAGCUUAUCCUGCUGCGAUAAUGCACUCCAACGAGUGUAUUUUACUUUUCGGUCUCAGUGGUGCCAUGAUUUAUGAGCAGAUUCGUUUUUAGUUUGGCUUAACCAGGUCAGAUGUAGACAAUGUACAGAACUGUGUCCUUGCGUCAGUAACUGCAGACGUGUAUUAUUAACACUUUAUUUAUAACUUUUUAGACGCACUGCUGAAUUUGUUAUGUCUGGCAAGCCAUUUUCAGUCCCAUUACUUUAAAAGAGUUCCAGUAGCACACAUUAGUCGUAGGACCAUGUUUGUACUUCUACAGAUGGAGUGUUUUAAAGCUGAACAAGGUGAACAUGAUAGCAUUAGCACAUUUCUCAGAAUAUUUCAAACCUACUUUAGAGAGGUAACGUGUACAGAUGUAAACUAAAAAGGUAAUUUGAAACGAAACCCAGUGCUUUCCUGAUUUGUGAUUUUCACAAAUGCAGGUCUUAAUCAAAAGCUCAAGAGCAGCUGCGAAUAAGAGAUUGAUAUCAAGUGUGCAUACACCAGCGACAAGCCUUCUUCAUGACACCCUCCUCUUAAACCAGCAUUCAACAAACACACACACACACAUUUUACUCAUUCACCAACGAAAGAAACACAACAUUGACUCAAACCCGCUGGAAUGUUUAAUGUUUAAUCUCAUCUUUUGCAUAAUUCCUAGUAGUUCCUCAACAGGUCCUGUAUCACCCCCCACCUCCAUUUUUCAAACUGGCAGCUCGUUGGGAGGUUUCAGAUGUAUAUUUGAUAACAAGCUCUAUGGACAAGACCGAAGGGCAUGAUUGUCAUUAUUAGCUGCCAGACAUUAAUUGUCUGUUGGCAUGGAUAAAAGACAGGGAAGAGCAAAGACUUUCAUAUCGAUCAUUACGGCGACAACAGCAGAUGGCAUCCUGCAAAUCAUCCCCCCCCCCCCGCUCCAGACGUGGGGGUGAUGGUGGGCAUGAGGAGAAUGCUGUCCUCUGAGCACAGCCACUUGAAUUCAGAAAAGGGAUGUUUCUUUUAGUGGUUCUUAUUUGUCUCUUCCACAGCAUUGUGAUGAUGUACAGUUAUGGGCGACCACCUGCCCCGGAAGAGAGAGGGCUAUGACUCAUGGCUCUCCAGAACACUCACGCUACCAGGAUAAUUCCCCUCUAAGCAGCAGCAGACACCAGAGCUUGGCAGCGUGCUACGCUAGUUUUUUUUUAUUUUGUUUGUUUUCUUUUUCUACUGCUGACAGAAAUACACGGGGUCAAUGACUCUUUCAUUAGUCUAUCCCUCUACUUCCUUCAAACUCUGAAAAGAAAGAACAGAGGAGGAAAGACAAACAAUGUGAGGAAAAGAAAAAGGAGCUGUUUUGAGGCACGGCCCAGUAAGUCAUCAGAGAAUCGCCAGAAAAACCCUCAAAUGAUGACUGUCAAGAACGGCAUAGUAUAGGUAACUGAAAAUCAGCCUGGCCACCACACAUGUACAGCCCACUGCAUCAAUCAUCAUGCACUGCUCCCUUGUGUUUCAGAGAGAUGGAGCAUCUGUGGAAAUGAACCAUUGGGAACAAAAAAAACGAGACGAGAAAGGAGAGAACUGACAGAAUGUGAAAUGGGCCCGAACAGCGGAAGAAACCAUGAUUAAGACACAGUGUGUGGAUGCGUGUGUGUGUGUGUGAGAGAGAGAGAGAGAGAGAGAGAGAAAGAGAGCGAGAAAGAGAAAGAAGGAAAAGAGAGAGAACAAAAGAAAUAGAUACCAUGAAAAGGGAAGGAGAGACAAAGUCGGGAUAAAGUGCCCUGACAGCAAAGCCCCUCAGUGGGGGUAUCUCCUGGAUUUAUAGAUCAAAGGGAAUUAUGGGAAAGUGGCCUCAGAGUAAAUGGAAUGUUGCCCGGCCUAACUUGCUUGUCUCCGUGGUGACAGCGGAGAUAACAGAACAAUCGCAUGGAAUACAUACAGUGACCUUGAGUUCUCCCCUCUUUUUCUACCGAGCUCCCUUCUUCCUGGGUGACGAAAUUAGCACUAGUUUCCUCUGCUUGGGUUUGCGCAUCCUAUUUACAACAGUAUAUUUUGAUGUUUUAUUUAUUUAUGUAUUUAUUCAUUGGUUUAUUACGGUCUUUUUCUCUUUAAGAUGAAGAAACAAAACAACAUUCAUUUCAAACGAUUUUCAAGAGAGGAACAUAAAGCGAAGGUGUGGUGAGGGGGGGGGUGCGUGAAAGAAAAGGAGAAAUUGUCUACAAAAAAGCACCCUUGGGGAAGGCAGGGAGUCGCCGGGCAGCUGUGUAGCCACUGUGCGAGAGAGAAAUGGGCCUCGUCACAAAUGGGUCCCCUGUCGCAGACUGCGGAGGACACAUGAGGGCCACUUGGUCCCUGAGGAGUGUACCUUUCGCCUGGAUGUCUCUGUUGUGACAUGCAGAGCAUAAGUUCCAGAGCACACUUGCUGCAUCAGCUUGAACUGUAAUUAGGUUGUUGUUCAUAUUUGUGUGUACAGACAUUGGUCUUCUGUGUAAAGUAGCUGAUGGAUACUAUUUAUGUGAUGUGCAAAAAAAAAAAUUCCUAAAAGAAAAUAACCUAAAAUAAAAAACCUCACCCAGUUUGAUCUGAAACACCCAGUCUGUGGAUAUCUAUUCAGACUACGGGAAUAAACAAAUGCAUCAGCUGUUUGUAGAAAAUUUGUAUGCUUAUUGGUGCUUUGUGCGGGUGUUCGUCGUGUCUUCAAAAGUGACUCAGUCAUUGACUCAUCCAGAACCAUGGUAACAUCAGCCGUCUUUCCUCCAGGCAAAAAGCACCCGUCUACCCAAAAGCACAGGCGAUGUACCAAUUAGUCUAUCAAGCACUCCAGAGAAAAAGAGUGACAGCACAAGCUGUCAGAAACUUCAAGGCCCGCUUCAUGAAUGGUUGUUCAGGGCUAAAAAAAGUGGCUUGAAGUUCCCAUGUACAGGCCAACGCUGUUUAAAAUAGACCCAGUUGUAAGGGGUUGAUUGUAUUGUAUCCGUUUGUGCAACAC